CCUGGGGAUGGAGGCCGGCUGGACAAGUCCAGUCACCUCUGCCCGUUUCCUAUUAAGACCUUAUCUCCCGGCUCCGGCCUCAGCCCCUGCCAACCUCUGGGCUCUCUGCUUGCCCUGUCCCCUACUUCCAUAACGGGACACCCUCCGAAUUCAGGAGAGUCGGGCAGCUGGGUUAGGGUGAGAGCCAGCGAGCUGGGCGGGACAGGGGGAAACCUGACCCCUCCUCUGCUCCAGCAGCUCUCCUUCUGGGGGAGCUGCUCGUCGCCCCUCCCUCGCCCCCCAGCAUCCCCUGAGCAGGACCGUGCACGGCCUCCUUCAGGGGCUGGUCAGUUUCACUGCUCUGGCUGCUCCAUGUGCACCUUGGGUCUCAUCAGAACCUGUCCUGACUCCUUUGGGUCCACUCAUUGGGUUGAACCUGUCAUGGAGACGCCUCUUGAGAAGGCCCUGACCACGAUGGUCACCACUUUCCACAAAUACUCGGGGAGAGAGGGCAGCAAGCUGACCCUGAGCAGGAAGGAGCUGAAGGAACUGAUCAAGAAGGAGCUGUGUCUUGGCGAGAAGAUGCAGGAGAGCAGCAUCGACGACUUGAUGAAGAGCCUGGACAAAAACAGCGACCAGGAGAUCGACUUUAAGGAGUACUCGGUGUUCCUCACCACGCUGUGCAUGGCCUACAACGACUUCUUCCUGGAGGAGCACAAGUGACACGCCGCCCCGCCCGGGCGGAGCCUCUGCAGCUCCCCUCACAGACCCUCUGCGCCCCGAGCCCUCCUCCCCCUCCCAAGGGGACCCUGCUUCCGCCUUCCCUCCAGGCAGAGGAAAUAAAGAGUUUCUGGUCCAGGG